GUGUGUCAUGAGAAUUGCGACAGUUGUUUCUUCUUGACGGCUGCUGAUGACAUGUCAACAACAAACAUGGCGACCAGCAGCAACUACUGGGAAGAUUUGCGUAAACAGGCCAGACAGCUGGAGAAUGAGCUGGACCUCAAACUGGUCUCCUUCAGUAAGCUCUGCACGAGCUACAGCAGCAGCAUCAACCGGGACCAGCGGACAAGAGACAGCAGGUCUGAUUCUGGCUCAUCUCAAGACAACAUGCUCGUUGCCAUGACUACUGAGCUGGAGCAGCUCUUGGCCAAUCUUACAGCAGUCAAUGACAAAAUGGCAGAGUACACAAACAGUCCAGGGAUUUCAUCACAUAACGCAGCGUUGAUGCACACCCUACAGAGACACAGAGAUAUUUUACAGGACUACACCCACGAGUUCCACAAAACCAAAAACAACUUCUUCAGCCUGCGAGAGAGAGAGGACCUGCUGGGCUCUGUUCACAGAGACAUUGAGUCCUACAAGAGCAGCUCAGGGGUGAAUAACAGAAAGACCGAGCUCUUCCUGAAAGAACAUGAACAUCUCAGAAGGACAGUGACUCUGUACAGCUCAGUGCGCCAUAUGGAGAACCACCAGACUGACAGUGAUUUACAUGAAACACUUACCUACAAGGUCUUAUAAAAGCUGUAAUCUAUUACCUAAUAAUGAAAUGAAACCUAAACAAUGUAGUCUUUCUGUGGAUGGUCCUUUAUGGAGCAGCCUGUUACCAUGCUAAACUAAAAUGGUGAAUGUGUUAAAAUAUUAUGCAUCUUCCUAACUUUAUGUAAAUGCGAUACAGAAUCAGCCCAAUAUCUGCCCAAUCCCAGCAUCCUCUCUCUCUAUAAUUAUACAAGAUUGUUUUGGUCACUAUGAAAUUUUAAUAUCCAGCAGCCUGCAAAGUGGCUGGUGAAUAAUGGUCUCAGUGAAAUGGAUAUAAUUUUUUAAAUGGUGCUAUUUCCAAUAAUGCUUCAAAGUUUCUGAUUUAUAGUGUUUUGUGUUUAAUAUCUUAUAUAACACAAUAACUUUCCUUAAAUAUACAGAAACUAUAGUAGAAUGUGAAAAUAAUUGAUUGAUGCCUAGCUGCCGAUGCAUGCUUUGAUGUUAUGAGUGUGUAGGUCUGAAGGAGAAUUGUUAUUAUACUUGCAAUUGGUGACAAAAAUCAGAAGCACAAACAACAACAGAAAAAAGAUGGAAAAAUGUGGUGACAGCAAGGACGUAAUAUAGCAAUAUGAUACUUAGGAGAGUGUCCUUGAAGAACACAAAAGGACCCUCUUGAACUCUCAGUAUGGAUUUAUCCUCAUUUUCCACUGGACUACUCAACGUCUUUCUAUAUGUAAGAUUAGAAGAAGCUUUGAUGGAGCAGCUCAGGAAUUAAUUGACCUGAAUUCAUCACUUACAGUAAAGCUGUCACAAUCACCAGCAGCUAGUUCAGAUGGAUUGUCAGUGCAAUGUAAUGCAGUCCAUGAAACUGAUUUAUUCUGUUUACAUUCCACACACACACACACACACACACACACACACACACACAUAUAUGUAAGUAAUUGUUUCAUAUUUAGAUGAACAUUCACCUGAACCUGAAUUUUUAAGUAAUUAAAAUUGGCAACUAUAGUUUAAGCAACACCAGACUUAAGAAAUACAACUACAUUUUCUCAGAAGUUUUCAAAUGUAUUUAGUUACAUUUAUUAAACUUUAGAACUAUUUCACACCCUAUUACCUAAUAAUUAUUUAAUACUAAUACUAAUAAUGUCGGUAGUUGUCAGAGGUUACAAUUUCCAUCAGAAUUUAAUAAAGGCAAUGAAACAGUUAUCUCCAACGUAGUUUAUUGUGAGACAAUAAACAACGCCAUUGAGGCAUUUAUAAAGAAAAUAUAGAGAAUGUAUAUUAUAAAGAAUGCCAGCAGUAAAGUUAAGCUUGUAAAUAACACAAGCACACUUACAAACACAAGACAUGUACUUAAGCACACCAACUCAGCGUUCUUGUGACAGCUGCAGCUCAGCCUCACAUUAGUUAAUGUACAUAUGCUGUUGAUCUCAGGACUGUAGUGAAUAGAUUCUAGUCUCAUGCAGCAGUCAGAAAUCAUGACAAAGCCCUGCCAUAUAAAACACAGUACUUGCCAUUCACAUUGCAAAAUUCUCCACACCAGAUCCCAGUCUGUACCAGUAUUUGCACUGAUUGGCUCCUGCAGUCCAAAGUAAUGAAACAUCACUUCUUAUAGCUUCUCAACAAUAUGAGACACAGAACUCACCUCUCCUGUUGCUACUGUUCCCUGAAGCAGUAGAUCCAGAGCUGCUUCCAUCUCCUGAGCUGCAGGUGUCUUAGUGGGAUCCUUUAACACCUUUUGAAAUACAAAGAAUAAGAACAAGGUGUAAAUAAUACCUGGUACAGCCACGUUUUUGGAGAACUUGCAUAGAGAGUUGAAGGAAGAUUAUCAAUGUAUAAUAAAAUUAUAGCAAGUUAUUUUAGGUUAAAUUCUUUCUUUGGAAAAGCCCAACUGCUGUUUAGUCCGUUUACAAAGGCAAUAUUUGGAUGAAUUGUGAAAUCAGAGUACAGCAAGGUCAGUUUUAAGUAAAGUAAAUGAAUUAAAUAUGUAAAUACUGAUCCAAAGACAGUAUCAUCAUGCUUGAUUUUUAUUUUCUUUUAUAUUUUGCUGAGUGAUUUCAAAUCAUUGAUUCAACAUUUAGUACUUUGUGAAGAACAUUUCAGUUAAAUGACACAGUAACGUGUUACGGUGUCCUGUGUGACAAGUGAAGCUGAUCUUUCCUCUUACUUUAGCUGAUGUUAAUUUGACCACCUGUACCAAUGCACAGUUGUUACCAACAUUAACACCAGUGGUGUUACCAACACUUGAAUUGACUCUCAGAGGAGGAACUUACUAAUAUGGUUAACAUGUAUUUUGCUUGUUCAGCAAAACUCUAUUUUUGCUACAGAGUCUAAAGGGGAUAUGUAAGAUUCUGUUUCACAGUGUCACAUCAGCUGAGAUGUGAUAUCAGGAACUUUACCCUUGUUUGCGCAGACUGGGCUUCAACACAGACAGCUAUUGUAAAAUAAAAUUGAGCCAGAUUGCUUGGCAAAAAUGUUGAACCAAAUCAACAUUUGCUGCAGUGCAGUGAGUUUGCCAGUCAAACAUGUGCAAGCUCACAUUCCUGACUGUGACAACGAAAUUCUCGUGUUUGUCAUUCGCUCAUCGAGUCAGAGGAUAAAAUUAUUGUUGCUGUGAUAAUUUCCUACCAGUGAGCACUGACAGGUUUGUUUUCCAGCUAAAAGGUCUCUCUCAGUACAUAUACAAAUUUCUACGGUGUUUUAGUGUCUGGUAAGCCUUCAAAUCGUGGCUCAUUGCUGCCACUACUACCUGAAGCCUCACGCCUCCACCAACUCAACCCCUUGGAUUUUGGAUCUGCCCAUUUCUGCCAACUUCGCAGCAGUGUGAGACAGUAAACUCUCUGUUUACACCAGUGUCUCCUGUGUUGGAUCCAGCAGCCAUGUUACUUACAGUGCGUUAAUUUUGACAUUCAAUAGCACCUAGUCUGUGUUUGCCAAAGAUAGGAGGCUCAGUAAUGUCACAGACCUUUCUCCAGACAAGAAUCAUUAACUCAUCUCCUCUGCUAAACUGUUUGGCUGACUGAUAAUGGUAGAUAGCUGCAUGAUAUGACCAUAAUUUUAGGAUCUGUAUCCUCUAUCAACUCUGCACAGCUCUACAGUAAUAGUAUUUGUCCCAUUCACUAUGAUGCGCCUAAAUCAUACCUGAUGCAGCUUCUUCUGCUUUGGAGACAUUGCAUAGAGAGUUGAAGGGAGAUUAUCAGUAUGUAAUGAAAUU